UCAGUGAGCCACCCGCAAAAACAGAAAUUUCACCAGUUGAACGUCAAAAAACUUAACCCCAAUAGAAAAACAAGUAAUUGUUGCGUUUUUUAAAUUAUAAAAAAUAAGUGAUUUGGUAAUAAUGGCUGCAACAGACGAAAAUUUCGAACAGUUUGAAGAAGACGAGGGGGCCGACACAAACCUAGUUUUAUGCAGCGCAGGCCGAAAACGUCUUUUUAGUAAAGAAUUGCGUUGUAUGAUGUACGGUUUUGGCGACGACCAAAAUCCUUACACUGAAAGCGUUGACAUUAUUGAAGACCUUGUGAUUGAAUUUAUUACAGAAAUGACCCACAAAUGUAUGGAGAUCGGCAGAACGGGGCGAGUUCAGGUGGAAGAUAUAGUUUUUCUUGUAAGAAAAGACCCCCGAAAAUAUGCAAGAGUUAAAGAUUUGCUCACAAUGAAUGAGGAACUGAAACGUGCACGUAAAGCUUUUGAUGAAAUUAAAUUCGCAGGGAAAGACGCUCUUAUUAAUUGAAAUUAUUUAAUCUUCAAGUCAGAAACAAAUUUUGUAAAUCUUAUUUUUUAUGUAUAAAAUAAAUUACAACUCCUUGA